GUACCAAUCAUUCCGCAAGCCAGCCGGGAUCCUCCAAAGUAUAAAGAGACCUCGAGCAGACCAACUUCUGUGGACACCACCACCACCUAACCACACCCACAACCAACCCCCCCACAGCCGCCACCAUGCGCGUCCUCCUCACCCUCCUCUGGGUAUUCACGACCCUCGGCAGCGCCGCACUCACCUUCAGCCUGCAGCGGGCCGGCAACCCGAGCGCGGACCAGAACGACGCCUACCAGCGGAUCCAAUCGGCCAUGACGCAGGCGGUGGCGCGGUACAACCGGCUGGCGCCGCGGGCCAGCAAGGCGCUGACGGUGCAGUACGAGCCGUCGGUGGCGACGGCGGACGGCAACUUCAACGGCAACAUCCGGUUCGGCUCCAACCGCGCCUACAUGAACGAGCGCACCGCCCUGCACGAGAUCUCGCACACGCUGGGCAUCGGCCAGACGCGCGCCUUCGAUGACCGGUGUGCCGCCAACAACUGGCCCGGCGCGACGCGGCUGCUGCAGUCGUGGGAUGGGCAGGGGGCCAAGAUCAAUUGUGGUGGCGGGCAUAUUUGGCCGUAUGGGUUGAACUAUGAUGAUGAGAUGAGCGAGACGAAUGCGGAGAGGCAUUGUUUGUUGAUUGAUGCCAUGUUGGCGGAUGGGCUGGCGGGUUGAGCGAGGGGUUGUUGGGG